UGUCUUAAAAGAAGCUUUAACCGUUUUGCUUUGUAUUAUAUGGUUGAUUAGGUUAUCUCCGCCGUUGAUUUGGCAUAUCACCAAAUCCUACUUUUUAUCUCUCUAAAUCAGUCACUCAUACUAUGUUUUUUCUCAGCAGAAGAACGGAAAAAUAUUUUGAAAAAAAAAAAAAAAUUAAAACAUGUUGUCUCCAACUCCACUCUCUCUUCUCUGUGCUCUGCUCCUCUGUUUGCCCUUAGCCGUAAUUUUCACUAUUACUAGCCCCACCACCACCGCCACAACCACCGCAUCCACCACCAAGAACUAUCAGAAACUGAAAAUCAAAACCAUCAUUUCACUUCCACGACCGCCUCGCCCUCCUCCCCCGCAAGACGACGAAUCGCUUUUCCGACUUGCAGCCGGAAUAAAUCCGAGACCCGUUCGUCGGAAGAAAAUAGCAUUCCUGUUUCUCACCACCACACCCCUCCACUUUGCUCCGCUAUGGGAACUUUACUUUGACCAAGCUCCCAAACAACUAUUUAACAUCUAUAUCCAUGCGGAUCCGAGUUAUAAGUACGACCCGCCGUUCUCAGGCAUGUUCGCUAACCGAGUUAUUCACUCCGAACCUGCGAAACGGUUCACCCCUACUCUCGCCUCGGCGGCGCGUCGUUUACUUGCACAUGCGCUCGUCCACGAUCCUUCAAAUGCCAUGUUUGCUCUCCUGUCACCAUCUUGCAUUCCCUUGCACUCUUUUAAUUUCACCUACAAAACGUUGGCUCGAUCCAAGAAGAGCUUCAUCGAGAUACUCAGAAACGAGAGUUGGGCGUACGACAGAUGGGCGGCGCGUGGUCCAGACGCGAUGCUACCGGAGGUGAAGCUAGAGGAUUUUCGGAUUGGGUCCCAAUUUUGGGUGUUGUCACGUGAGCACGCGAGGGUCGUCGUUGGUGACCAGAUGAUAUGGGCUAAAUUCAAUAAGACGUGCGUAGUAGAGGACGCGUGUUAUCCGGAGGAGAAUUACUUUCCUACCCUUAUCCACAUGAAGGACCCACGAGGGUCAGUUUCUGCCACGUUGACACACGUGGAUUGGAGGGAUAGCUUUGACGGACACCCACGCAUGUACGAGGCGAGCGAUGUGGGGUCAGAUCUAAUAGUGGCUUUGAGAAACAGCAGGCCUAGGUAUGGUGAUGAUGAGGGUCGGAACGGCUCAGAUUCGUCUGUGAGGCGACGACAUGACCCAUUCUUGUUCGCUAGAAAAUUCUCUCCCGACUCGAUCCAACCAUUGAUGAGUAUUGCGAAGGAGGCCAUCUUAAAAGAUUAGAAGAAUGUAGAGCAAUGAUAAAUGGCAUUGUUGUAAAAUGUAAAUCAUAGUGGGGGGGUUUAGUCUGAAGGCGGCAACUGUAUAGAAAGAUAAAUUCAGUUUUUACUUUGUAUUUUUUUAAUCUCGUGUGUAUGAUGUAAUAACAUACAGAAGCAUGAAAAUGAAAGCUUUGUUUUUUUUUUCCUUUU